GACGCGCAUCAGUUUUAUUAUUGCUGGUGUUUGGGGGUUUUUUAAGACCGAGAUUUUGAAUUUCGACGAGGAAAUAAAGAGGCUGUUUAAUACACAUAAGCAGCCAUGUUCCACAACAGCUCACAGGGGAAAUACUGGAUAUUUUUAAAUGAAGACGAUGUUGAGCAGAAGAGAUACAAGGCCAACCAGAAAUCCCGUAACAAGAUACUAGAAAGUGGGAAGCCCGGGGUGAGCGAGUCCAAGCUCUUGGAGCGUCACGAGGAAGACGUUCUAUUCCGACACUAUGAGAAGAGGAUGGUUGACUUCUGCAAUGCCUUCAAGCCUGCAAUGCCCAAGUCUGUGGUGGGUACAGCCAUCAUGUACUUCAAGAGAUUCUACCUGAACAACUCCAUCAUGGAGCACCACCCAAGGAUUAUCAUGCUGAGUUGUGCAUAUCUGUCCUGUAAAGUGGACGAGUUCAACGUUUCCAGCACCCAGUUUGUGGGCAACCUUCUGCAGGAGACCCCGGCAGGUCAGGAAAGAGUUCUGGAGCAAAUCCUGGAGUAUGAGCUGCUGCUGAUCCAACAACUCAAAUUUCACCUGGUGGUCCACAAUCCCUACAGACCGAUGGAGGGCCUGCUUAUCGACCUCAAGACAAGGUACCCCACGCUGGAGAACCCAGAGUCACUGAGGAAGAAUGCGGAUGACUUUCUGACACAGGCAGCCAUGACAGACGCAGGCCUGCUGUUCCCCCCCUCUCAGAUAGCUCUAACAGCCAUUCUGAACAGCGCCUCAAGAGCCGGUCUCAGCAUGGAGAGCUACCUGAUUGAAUGUCUGCGAUUGAAAGAGGACAAAGACGCUCUCUCAAAGAUGUAUGACUCUAUGAGACGGAUGAAAACUCUCCUAAAGAAGUAUGAACUUCCUAAAGCGGAGGAGGUGAUUGCUUGCAAAAAGAAGUUGGAGAGGAUUCAUGCUGAAUUUUCCAGUUUAAGCAACAAACGAAAGAGAGGAUAUGAAGAAGACGGUCAUGUAGCAAAAGAACCACGUUUAACCGAAGAGGAAUGGACUGAUGAAGACCUGUUAUGAGCGUUUACCCCAAAAUGGUUUAGGAUUUAAAGAUAUUAUUCAAGUAUACCAACAGUUUAUUCCAAUAUUAAACUGUCAAGAUUGGAUGACCAUGCCAUUACAGAAAAUACAAUGGAGAGUCAAAGACAGUUUGCAUAAGUGUACAUGUUAUAUUUACUUUUCUACAACAUAUUGAAGAGUUCGGUUUGCCUUUGUUCUGCAGUAAGAAUAAAGAUAUUUUUCUACA